AUGAAGCGAAUAGAGCCCUCGAGAAAAGAAAGUAUCAGAUUAUUCGACGAAGUUGGCGGGCAACCCUUGAAUUGGGGAUUCACGAUAUGUGUUAUCGUCUUUGUAAGUCGUUUUUAACCUCAAUUUUGAAAAUUUUACGAUGUUUCAUUGAAAAAAGAACCAAAUUUUUUGGUAUUGUUCUGCAUAAAAUUCUCGGUGAUUUCUGCAUAACUUGAGCUAAAAAAGUUUUGCCAAAUUUCCAAAUAAUCAAAGCACCAAGUUUUAGGCCCAUAAAUUUUUUUUUUUUUUAAUUUUCAACCCAAUAUUUCGACUUUCCUGGCAAACAACCUUUCUCGUGCCUUUUCCAAUCACAUUAUUUAUCCAAAAUUUCAACGACGAUUGCGCAAUCCUUCGAUGACUGGCGUUUCUCACAGCAAAACUCGUAAAAAUCAAAAAAGUCGCGCAAAAAUUUUUUAAAACUGUUCUUAUUAUAUCAUCGACGAAUGUCUAGUACCGUAAACAAUCUUUAUAAAUUUGUUGUUUAUUAUUUAGAUUCUACACCCAAAAUAUGCUAUUUUUAGCCUUCUACUUUCGUCAUUUUUGCUCUAGUGGACUUUGUCAUCAAUAUUUGGAAAUAAAACUUGUUACAAAUUUUGUUCCGACGAAGAUUAAAGACUAAACAAAGGUUUAAUAAACCUACAAGAGCUACAGAUCACGCGCUAAACUUUUGGCGUCAAAGAUUUCUGAAAAUCGUCUCCAAAAUAACUGGUAUUGUAAACCGUCUUGUUUAUUACUUUUUCGGUCAGCCGUUACUGAGAAAGCAAAAAGCAAAAGUCAAUAUCGAUUAGCAAAUUUGUUCGUCAAUAGGAAAGUGUGAUAAUAGUUACGUAUUCUACCGUAAUUUUUUUGUUGAAAAUUGCACUUGCAAAAAAAAUUUCGAUUUUCCUCGUAUCCACUUGCUUGCAAAGUUGGUGGAAAAUCUCGACCAACUUUUCAAAGUAAGAGCUAAAAUUUUCAGCAAUUAAUUUGCAGCUGACAUAAAGUAUAUACACAAAAUUUUAAGAAAAUCUGAGCACUUCUUCCUCUCGUGAAAAAUUGACUCUCAUGUCAGUAAAACAAUUUCCAAAACAAAUAUUUUCGCUUCCAGAUAUGCUCAAUGAACAUUCUGAUCCUAAUCGGUCUACGGUUUCUUCUCGAACUAAAAGAUGAAUACGAUCAGCCCAUUCUAAAGGAUUAUCAGCAAGAGAUAGUCCUUCAGCUGACCGGAGCUUUUGCUCUUUCUUUUGGAUUUGGAUGCUGUUGUUGUUUCUGUUGCGGAGGAAGGUUGCCGCAGUAAGUUUUAAAAUAUGAGCGAAUUACCUAUCUCUAUCAAAAAUACCUUGCUAAUAUCAAGUAUAAUAUCAAAAAUUUUCAGCUGGAUCUGCAAAGGUAUUGGCAGUUGUUUCUCCUGUCUAUGGCAAUCAAUCCAAAAUCCUAACAAGCAUAAGACCCUUUACAACGCCCCUCUCUCGCCGGGCGCUCUGGCCAGACAACGUCGAAUUCGUCCAUAUGUAAUUGAUAUGGUAAGCCAAAAGAGACUUUUAAAAUGGGAACGAGACGAGGCGUGGGGGUAUAGCUCAGUGGUAGAGCGUCCGCUUUGCAUGCGGAAAGUCAGGGGUUCAAACCCCCUUACCUCCAAAGAAAUUUUUUGGGUUUUCAGUGGGCGAAAUGACUAAAUUAAUAUUUUAAAGUUGCCUAUAGCCGUUUCUCGCCUUAAUCUUGCCAAAAUCAAACAAAUUAGUCAUAAAAAUGAUCAGGAACUGCCUAAACCUCUCCACGCCUUUUAGUUUUCUCUAAAAUUCAUUUUAUUUUUCCAGAGCAACCAUCAAAGUACCAUGUCUACCAACGACCACAGCUCCGGUAGUUCCAGUCCAAAUCCGACCAAACACAAAAUGGAGAUUCUACCAGUCGAUAUCUCUACUCUGCCGACCAACUCAACCACAACCGUCCGCACAGAGGACAAAGAAUCACGUCCAAACAUUAUCGGCUACUUCGAUUCCCCACAAACUUCGAGGACGUCUUCUAAAACUACUGAAGAGUCUACAGCCAAAGAAUUGCAAUCUCGAAAACUAGAAGAAGACCUCGAGAGAGGAGAAAGGAAAUCACAUUCAAGUGAAGAUGAAAUUGCGCCACUGCCAACGAAGAAGGAGAAAAAUGAGAAAAAAUUGGCGAUCGAUUUCAACAGUGAGAUGACAAGACAUUUGAGUCUGCCUUGUGGCCCAAAAAAUGUCUAUAUCGUCUAG